GAGUUUGAUUGGGGUUGGAAUUGACCUGUUCUUGAAUCUUUAAAAUUCGAUUUUACAGAGGUUGAUAUUGCAGCAACACGUAUUUGUCUUAGUUUUGUGCGGUUUGCUCACAGGCAGAGAUCACAGGCUGGGAGGAUGACAGCUCGAGUGUAUUUCUCGUUGAUUGCGGUUUUUUCGUGUCUGUUCGGAUACUUGAGCAUAGCCCACGCUAUUCAAAGACGAACCACAGUGGAUGGUUUCUGUCCGGCGAGGCUGACGGUCGUGCCGUUCCAUCGAGGAUGUUCCUCUGAUGAAGACUGCCCUGGAGGGCACAAAUGCUGUCAAUUUGACUGUGGGCCUGUUUGCGUGCUGCCUGUUUUCAUGAAGCCGGGUCAGUGUCCCGUACCGGAGAUGAUUCCACUGUGUGCUAAAAGCUGUUUCCGUGAUGGCCAGUGUCCUGCCACGCAGAAAUGUUGCCCAACCACCGGUGGCUUUGCAUGCAGUGAACCACGUGGUCAGGGAAGAGGUCAAGCAAGUUGCCAGGGAAGCGGAGCUGGUCAGGGUGCAGGACAGGGAAGCGGAGCUGGUCAGGGUGCAGGACAGGGAAGCGGAGCUGGUCAGGGUGCAGGACAGGGAAGCGGGGCUGGUCAGGGCGCCGGACAGGGAAGCGGGGCUGGUCAGGGAGCCGGUCAGGGAAGCGGAGCAGGUCAGGGUCAGGGAAGCGGAGCAGGUCAGGGUCAGGGAAGCGGAGCGGGUCAGGGCGCCGGACAGGGAAGCGGAGCUGGUCAGGGCGCCGGACAGGGCACCGGACAGGGAAGCGGAGCCGGCCAGGGAAGCGGAGCUGGUCAGGGAGCCGGACAGGGCCAGGGAAGCGGAGCUGGUCAGGGCGCCGGACAGGGCAGCGGCUAUGGACAGGGCGCAGGUCAGGGCAGCGGCUAUGGACAGGGUAGUGGAGCUGGACAGGGAAGCGGACAGGGUCAGGGAAGCGGAGCUGGUCAGGGAAGCGGAGCCGGGCAGGGAAGCGGAGCUGGUCAGGGAGCCGGACAGGGCCAGGGAAGCGGAGCUGGUCAGGGAGCCGGACAGGGAAGUGGCGCAGGACAGGGAAGCGGAGCCGGUCAUGGUGCAGGACAGGGUCAGGGAAGUGGCGCAGGACAGGGAAGCGGAGCCGGUCAGGGCUCAGGACAGGGUCAGGGAAGCGGAGCCGGUCAGGGAAGCGGAGCUGGUCAGGGAGCCGGACAGGGCCAGGGAAGCGGAGCUGGUCAGGGAAGUGGCGCAGGACAGGGAAGCGGAUCUGGUCAGGGAAGUGGCGCAGGACAGGGAAGCGGAGCCGGUCAGGGUGCAGGACAGGGUCAAGGAAGUGGCGCAGGACAGGGAAGCGGAGCCGGUCAGGGCUCAGGACAGGGUCAGGGAAGCGGAGCCGGUCAGGGAGCCGGACAGGGCCAGGGAAACGGAGCUGGUCAGGGAAGUGGCACAGGACAGGGAAGCGGAGCUGGUCAGGGAAGUGGCGUAGGACAGGGAAGCGGAGCUGGUCAGGGAAGUGGCGCAGGACAGGGAAGCGGAGCUGGUCAGGGAAGUGGCACAGGACAGGGAAGCGGAGCUGGUCAGGGAGCCGGACAGGGACAGGGAAGCGGAGCUGGUCAGGGAGCCGGACAGGGAAGUGGCGCAGGACAGGGAAGCGGAGCCGGUCAGGGCGCAGGACAGGGUCAGGGAAGUGGCGCAGGACAGGGAAGCGGAGCCGGUCAGGGCUCAGGACAGGGUCAGGGAAGCGGAGCCGGUCAGGGAAGCGGAGCUGGUCAGGGAGCCGGACAGGGCCAGGGAAGCGGAGCUGGUCAGGGAAGUGGCGCAGGACAGGGAAGCGGAUCUGGUCAGGGAAGUGGCGCAGGACAGGGAAGCGGAGCCGGUCAGGGUGCAGGACAGGGUCAAGGAAGUGGCGCAGGACAGGGAAGCGGAGCCGGUCAGGGCUCAGGACAGGGUCAGGGAAGCGGAGCCGGUCAGGGAGCCGGACAGGGCCAGGGAAACGGAGCUGGUCAGGGAAGUGUCACAGGACAGGGAAGCGGAGCUGGUCAGGGAAGUGGCGUAGGACAGGGAAGCGGAGCUGGUCAGGGAAGUGGCGCAGGACAGGGAAGCGGAGCUGGUCAGGGAAGUGGCGCAGGACAGGGAAGCGGAGCUGGUCAGGGAAGUGGCACAGGACAGGGAAGCGGAGCUGGUCAGGGAGCCGGACAGGGACAGGGAAGCGGAGCUGGUCAGGGAGCCGGACAGGGAAGUGGCGCAGGACAGGGAAGCGGAGCCGGUCAGGGCGCAGGACAGGGUCAGGGAAGUGGCGCAGGACAGGGAAGCGGAGCCGGUCAGGGCUCAGGACAGGGUCAGGGAAGCGGAGCCGGUCAGGGAAGCGGAGCUGGUCAGGGAGCCGGACAGGGCCAGGGAAGCGGAGCUGGUCAGGGAAGUGGCGCAGGACAGGGAAGCGGAUCUGGUCAGGGAAGUGGCGCAGGACAGGGAAGCGGAGCCGGUCAGGGUGCAGGACAGGGUCAAGGAAGUGGCGCAGGACAGGGAAGCGGAGCCGGUCAGGGCUCAGGACAGGGUCAGGGAAGCGGAGCCGGUCAGGGAGCCGGACAGGGCCAGGGAAACGGAGCUGGUCAGGGAAGUGGCACAGGACAGGGAAGCGGAGCUGGUCAGGGAAGUGGCGUAGGACAGGGAAGCGGAGCUGGUCAGGGAAGUGGCGCAGGACAGGGAAGCGGAGCUGGUCAGGGAAGUGGCACAGGACAGGGAAGCGGAGCUGGUCAGGGAGCCGGACAGGGACAGGGAAGCGGAGCUGGUCAGGGAGCCGGACAGGGAAGUGGCGCAGGACAGGGAAGCGGAGCCGGUCAGGGCGCAGGACAGGGUCAGGGAAGUGGCGCAGGACAGGGAAGCGGAGCCGGUCAGGGCUCAGGACAGGGUCAGGGAAGCGGAGCCGGUCAGGGAAGCGGAGCUGGUCAGGGAGCCGGACAGGGCCAGGGAAGCGGAGCUGGUCAGGGAAGUGGCGCAGGACAGGGAAGCGGAUCUGGUCAGGGAAGUGGCGCAGGACAGGGAAGCGGAGCCGGUCAGGGUGCAGGACAGGGUCAAGGAAGUGGCGCAGGACAGGGAAGCGGAGCCGGUCAGGGCUCAGGACAGGGUCAGGGAAGCGGAGCCGGUCAGGGAGCCGGACAGGGCCAGGGAAACGGAGCUGGUCAGGGAAGUGGCACAGGACAGGGAAGCGGAGCUGGUCAGGGAAGUGGCGUAGGACAGGGAAGCGGAGCUGGUCAGGGAAGUGGCGCAGGACAGGGAAGCGGAGCUGGUCAGGGAAGUGGCACAGGACAGGGAAGCGGAGCUGGUCAGGGAGCCGGACAGGGACAGGGAAGCGGAGCUGGUCAGGGAGCCGGACAGGGAAGUGGCGCAGGACAGGGAAGCGGAGCCGGUCAGGGCGCAGGACAGGGUCAGGGAAGUGGCGCAGGACAGGGAAGCGGAGCCGGUCAGGGCUCAGGACAGGGUCAGGGAAGCGGAGCCGGUCAGGGAAGCGGAGCUGGUCAGGGAGCCGGACAGGGCCAGGGAAGCGGAGCUGGUCAGGGAAGUGGCGCAGGACAGGGAAGCGGAUCUGGUCAGGGAAGUGGCGCAGGACAGGGAAGCGGAGCCGGUCAGGGUGCAGGACAGGGUCAAGGAAGUGGCGCAGGACAGGGAAGCGGAGCCGGUCAGGGCUCAGGACAGGGUCAGGGAAGCGGAGCCGGUCAGGGAGCCGGACAGGGCCAGGGAAACGGAGCUGGUCAGGGAAGUGGCACAGGACAGGGAAGCGGAGCUGGUCAGGGAAGUGGCGUAGGACAGGGAAGCGGAGCUGGUCAGGGAAGUGGCGCAGGACAGGGAAGCGGAGCUGGUCAGGGAAGUGGCACAGGACAGGGAAGCGGAGCUGGUCAGGGAGCCGGACAGGGACAGGGAAGCGGAGCUGGUCAGGGAGCCGGACAGGGAAGUGGCGCAGGACAGGGAAGCGGAGCCGGUCAGGGCGCAGGACAGGGUCAGGGAAGUGGCGCAGGACAGGGAAGCGGAGCCGGUCAGGGCUCAGGACAGGGUCAGGGAAGCGGAGCCGGUCAGGGAAGCGGAGCUGGUCAGGGAGCCGGACAGGGCCAGGGAAGCGGAGCUGGUCAGGGAAGUGGCGCAGGACAGGGAAGCGGAUCUGGUCAGGGAAGUGGCGCAGGACAGGGAAGCGGAGCCGGUCAGGGUGCAGGACAGGGUCAAGGAAGUGGCGCAGGACAGGGAAGCGGAGCCGGUCAGGGCUCAGGACAGGGUCAGGGAAGCGGAGCCGGUCAGGGAGCCGGACAGGGCCAGGGAAACGGAGCUGGUCAGGGAAGUGGCACAGGACAGGGAAGCGGAGCUGGUCAGGGAAGUGGCGUAGGACAGGGAAGCGGAGCUGGUCAGGGAAGUGGCGCAGGACAGGGAAGCGGAGCUGGUCAGGGAAGUGGCACAGGACAGGGAAGCGGAGCUGGUCAGGGAGCCGGACAGGGACAGGGAAGCGGAGCUGGUCAGGGAGCCGGACAGGGAAGUGGCGCAGGACAGGGAAGCGGAGCCGGUCAGGGCGCAGGACAGGGUCAGGGAAGUGGCGCAGGACAGGGAAGCGGAGCCGGUCAGGGCUCAGGACAGGGUCAGGGAAGCGGAGCCGGACAGGGAAGCGGAGCUGGUCAGGGAGCCGGACAGGGAAGUGGCGCAGGACAGGGAAGCGGAGCCGGUCAGGGCGCAGGACAGGGUCAGGGAAGUGGCGCAGGACAGGGAAGCGGAGCCGGUCAGGGCUCAGGACAGGGUCAGGGAAGCGGAGCCGGACAGGGAAGCGGAGCCGGUCAGGGCUCAGGACAGGGUCAGGGAAGCGGAGCCGGUCAGGGAAGCGGAGCUGGUCAGGGAGCCGGACAGGGCCAGGGAAGCGGAGCUGGUCAGGGAAGUGGCGCAGGACAGGGAAGCGGAUCUGGUCAGGGAAGUGGCGCAGGACAGGGAAGCGGAGCCGGUCAGGGUGCAGGACAGGGUCAAGGAAGUGGCGCAGGACAGGGAAGCGGAGCCGGUCAGGGCUCAGGACAGGGUCAGGGAAGCGGAGCCGGUCAGGGAGCCGGACAGGGCCAGGGAAACGGAGCUGGUCAGGGAAGUGGCACAGGACAGGGAAGCGGAGCUGGUCAGGGAAGUGGCGUAGGACAGGGAAGCGGAGCUGGUCAGGGAAGUGGCGCAGGACAGGGAAGCGGAGCUGGUCAGGGAAGUGGCACAGGACAGGGAAGCGGAGCUGGUCAGGGAGCCGGACAGGGUCAGGGAAGCGGAGCUGGUCAGGGCGCCGGACAGGUCAGUGGCUAUGGACAGGGAAGUGGAGCUGGACAGGGAAGCGGCUAUGGACAGGGUGCUGGACAGGGCAGCGGCUAUGGACAGGGAAGUGGAGCUGGACAGGGAAGCGGCUAUGGACAGGGUGCUGGACAGGGAAGUGGAGCUGGACAGGGCAGCGGCUAUGGACAGGGCAGCGGCUAUGGACAGGGCAGCGGCUAUGGACAGGGCAGCGGAGCUGGACAGGGAAGCGGCUAUGGACAGGGUGCUGGACAGGGAAGCGGCUAUGGACAGGGUGCUGGACAGGGCAGCGGCUAUGGACAGGGCAGCGGCUAUGGACAGGGAAGUGGAGCUGGACAGGGAAGCGGCUAUGGACAGGGUGCUGGACAGGGAAGUGGAGCUGGACAGGGAAGCGGAGCUGGACAGGGUGCUGGACAGGGCAGCGGCUAUGGACAGGGCAGCGGCUAUGGACAGGGAAGCGGAGCUGGACAGGGAAGCGGCUAUGGACAGGGAAGCGGAGCUGGACAGGGAAGCGGCUAUGGACAGGGUGCUGGACAGGGAAGUGGAGCUGAACAGGGAAGCGGAGCUGGACAGGGUGCUGGACAGGGCAGCGGCUAUGGACAGGGCAGCGGAGCUGGACAGGGCAGCGGCUAUGGACAGGGCAGUGGAGCUGGACAGGGAAGCGGCUAUGGACAGGGCAGCGGAGCUGGACAGGGAAGCGGCUAUGGACAGGGCAGCGGAGCUGGACAGGGAAGCGGCUAUGGACAGGGCAGCGGAGCUGGACAGGGAAGCGGCUAUGGACAGGGCAGCGGAGCUGGACAGGGAAGCGGCUAUGGACAGGGUGCUGGACAGGGAAGCGGCUAUGGACAGGGCAGCGGCUAUGGACAGGGCAGCGGCUAUGGACAGGGCAGCGGCUAUGGACAGGGAAGCGGAGCUGGACAGGGAAGCGGCUAUGGACAGGGCAGCGGCUAUGGACAGGGAAGCGGAGCUGGUCAAGGAAGCGGCUAUGGACAGGGUGCUGGACAGGGAAGCGGAGCUGGUCAAGGAAGCGGCUAUGGACAGGGUGCUGGACAGGGCAGCGGCUAUGGACAGGGAAGUGGAGCUGGACAGGGAAGCGGCUAUGGACAGGGCAGCGGAGCUGGACAGGGAAGCGGCUAUGGACAGGGUGCUGGACAGGGAAGCGGCUAUGGACAGGGCAGCGGCUAUGGACAGGGCAGCGGCUAUGGACAGGGCAGCGGAGCUGGACAGGGCAGCGGCUAUGGACAGGGCAGCGGCUAUGGACAGGGUGCUGGACAGGGAAGCGGCUAUGGACAGGGUGCUGGACAAGGCAGCGGCUAUGGACAGGGAGUAAUUGGCGAGGAGACAGUAUAAAACGCCAGGAGAAAU